AUGGAGAAGUUAAAAGAACUGGGCCACCUCUAUGUGACCGUAUACCUCUCCAACUUUGCAAGCUCAAUGGUGAUGCCGGCCAUAACCGAUGUCACCAUGUCAGCAGUUUGUCCUGGUCAAGAUGAGUGCUCUCUUGCCAUUUACCUCUCCGGAUUCCAGCAAGCUAUCAUAGGAUUGGGAACCGUUGUGAUGAUGCCGCUAUUUGGGAAUCUAUCAGAUCAAUAUGGAAGGAAAGCUUUGCUCACACUUCCUAUGACUCUCUCCAUCAUUCCUUUAGUUAUAUUGGCAUGCAGCAGGACAACCAGCUUCUUCUAUGCCUACUACGUGCUCAGGACCUUCACUGCUAUGAUCUGUGAAGGCAGCGUCGACUGCCUUGCUCUUGCUUAUGUGGCAGACAAAGUUUUAGAGAGACAAAGAACAUCAGAGUUUGGGAUUCUCUCUGGCGUAACCACAGCCGCAUUUGUCAGUGGAACCUUAGCUGCUCGUUUCCUCUCCACUGCUUUGACAUUUCAGGUUGCUGCGUUGGUGUCAAUGAUUGCUGCUGUGUACAUGAGAAUUCUCCUCAAGGAGAGUCUACCAAAUGAGGAAAAUUUGACGCAGCCAAUCUUGAAGAGCGGACAGGAUGAUCACUGCCAAGAUGAUGGUGAUUUACCAUUGAAGACAAAGGAAUCUAAGAAGAUUCCGUCUAUCGGGGAUAUCAUUAGCUUGCUGAAGAGUAGCGUAACAUUUUCGCAAGCAGUAGUUGUUGCAUUCUUCAAUAGUCUUGCAGAUGGUGGAAUGCAAGCUUCUAUCAUGUACUACUUGAAGGCUCGUUUUCACUUCAGCAAAAACCAGUAUGCUGAUUUGAUGCUACUUAUUGGUAUUGCAGGAAUGGCAUCACAGCUGCUUUUCAUGCCCUUGUUGGCCCGAUCUGUAACAGAGGAAAAACUGCUGGCUAUAGGGCUUUUAGGGGGCAUCGCAGAGGCAUUGCUUUCCAGUGUAGCAUGGUCAUCUUGGGUUCCAUAUGCUACUACAGUUUUGGCGGUUGUUGUUGUUUUCGUGCCUCCAUGUCUACGCAGCAUAGCGUCGAAACAAGUAGGGCCUGAUGAGCAGGGGAAGGCUCAAGGAUGCAUUUCAGGAAUCAUCUCCUUGGCGAACAUCAUCUCCCCCUUAGUCUAUAGUCCUCUGACAGCUUUAUUCCUGUCUGAAGAUGCACCAUUUGAUUUCCCUGGCUUCAGUGUUUUGUGCAUAGGAUUUGCAACAAUGAUUGCAUUCGUUCAGAGUGUUCUGAUAAGGACUGUCCCUCGUAUUUCAAGUCUCAAAAUCGACAGCAACAGCAUUCUAGCCUAG